CAAAAAAGGCUGACAGAAAAAUAGAGAGAAACAGUUUGAGGGUGCGAGAGAGAGAGAUCAGAGAUGGCGAGGUCAGUGAAACUGCUUCUAUGGAGUCUUCUUCUUCUGGGAACCCUAAUCUCUAUUCAGCGACGCAAGAGAUUCAGGAAGUGGAAUAACAUAUUUUGUGUCACAUCAAGAUGGGAUUGGAUUCAAACAUCAUUGGAUUUGCCAAAAAGAAGGAAAAGAUCACACACAAGGUUUAUUUCGAUGUCGAAAUUAAUGGCAAAGAAGCCGGUCGUAUUGUCAUGGGUCUAUUUGGCAAGACAGUCCCUAAAACUGCAGAGAAUUUCCGAGCUUUGUGCACAGGGGAGAAAGGAAUGGGAAAGAAAGGGAAGGCUCUACAUUACAAGGGGAGUUCCUUCCAUAGGAUCAUACCAAGCUUUAUGCUCCAGGGAGGCGACUUCACUGAUGGUAAUGGUAUGGGAGGUGAAUCUAUUUAUGGUGAGAAGUUUGCUGAUGAGAACUUCAAACUCAAGCAUACUGGUCCAGGGUAUCUAUCAAUGGCAAACGCCGGUGAAGACACCAACGGAUCACAGUUUUUCAUCACAACAGUUACAACAAGCUGGUUGGACGGGAGGCACGUAGUGUUCGGGAAGGUAGUUACAGGAAUGGACGUGGUGUACAAAAUCGAAGCUGAGGGUACUCAGAGUGGAACUCCUAAGAGUAAAGUUGUGAUUGUUGACAGUGGUGAGCUUCCUCUGUAACUCUCAACUUCUCAUGAAGUUUUCUCCAUCUGAUCAUCCAUUGCUGUGAGCUUAGUGAUUUGAAGACUUUUGUUUUUCAAACGACUAUGUUUAGCCACUUAAUAAAGAUUCAACCAUUCUGCUUUUUA